CGUCAGCGUCAAGUCAGCACUUCAGCGCGCUCAUACGGAGCGACAGAGAGGAAAGCGAGCUCCCUACGCCGGCAGUUCGCGACUCACAUCUGAAACUCGUCAAAUCAUGGAUUCGGACGCGGGUUGUUGUCAUUUCGGAUGAGGCUUGUGCAACUUCACGUCAAAUCACGGUUUGCUGCUGACAGCCCCGCCUUGUGACACCUUGCGCACCGACACCGGCUUUCUACCUUAUUGGCGGAUUUCAGUGCGACUGCUGUGGCUGGUGCGUCCGUGUGUCGCGCGCCGGGCUCUGGGCUGAACGCACGCACACGCGCGGAUCAUGGAUAGAUAGCGCGUUUCUCUCUCUGCGUUUGUCGGUGUUAUCAGCGAUGGAUGAGGAAAUAGACACCCGCAAGAUCAACAACAGCUUCCUCCGAGACCACAACUAUGCAACUGAAGCUGACAUCAUAUCCACGGUUGAGUUCAACCCGACAGGAGAACUCCUGGCCACUGGGGACAAAGGUGGACGAGUGGUGGUCUUCCAGAGAGAACAGGAGAGUAAGAACCACCCUCAGCGGCGGGGCGAGUACAAUGUUUACAGCACCUUUCAGAGCCACGAGCCUGAGUUUGACUACUUGAAAAGCCUGGAGAUUGAGGAGAAGAUCAACAAGAUCCGCUGGCUGCCUCAACAGAAUGCCGCCUAUUUCCUCCUGUCCACCAAUGAUAAAACAGUGAAACUAUGGAAAAUCAGUGAGCGAGACAAACGACCAGAGGGCUACAAUCUGAAGGAUGAAGAUGGCAGGAUACGGGACCCUACCACCAUCACAGCUCUGAGGGUGCCUGUGUUGAGACCCAUGGACUUGAUGGUGGAGGCAACACCUCGUCGCAUUUUCUCUAAUGCUCACACCUAUCACAUCAACUCCAUCUCGGUCAACAGUGACUGCGAAACAUACAUGUCCACAGAUGACCUGAGGAUCAACCUGUGGAACUUGGAGAUCACAAACCGAAGCUUUAGUAUCCUUUUUUAGUUUCAGAUGGUUGCAUGUCUAUGGCAAGCCGUUUUAACCCCCUCAGACCUGAAUUAUGUUUCAAGGUUCUGA